UCGACAUCCAUUUUGGAAGGAGAUACCAUUGUGGUGAGAAAUUUUUGUAACUCCUUUUAUGGUACAUCUUCAAAUCUUGACGAAGGCAAUAACUCUGAUAAAAUGGAAGAUGAUUUUUUUGAAGAGGGCGGAGUUGAAGAUGUGGCUUUAUGUAUCAGUGAUGAGACUAAAAAAAGACAACGAAUUAUUCCUACAACUCCUAGCACCGUUGCCGUUUCUAAUCAAAAUGAUUCUGCAUCUGGGACCACUUCGACCAUCAAUCAGUCGGAGAAACAUACAUCGAUCGAUCCUGUGAGGCAGGAUGGCCGGAAGCAAUGAAGAUCCUUUCGUGGAACUGUCGAGGACUUGGCAACCCUCGGACAAUACAAGCUCUAUGUGACUUUGUUGUAAUUUACCGCCCUGUUAUUUUGUUCCUUUGUGAAACUUUAGUUCAUAAAAUGAAGCUUGUUGACCUUUGUUCUUUGUUGCGUUUUGAUUCUUGCUCUUCUGUGGAUUGUACUGGGAGAAGUGGUGGUCUUGGUUUGCUUUGGAAGAAUGAAGUUGAUGUUUCCAUAUCUUGUUACUCAAAUAAUUUUAUUGAUGCUAUGGUUCUUUAUUCUGGUAUUUCAUGGUGCCUAACUGGUUUUUAUGGGUUUCCAGAAAGAUGUAGAAGGCAGAACUCCUGGGACUUGAUUAAUAAUUUAUCCCGUAGACAUAAUGGUCCUUGGUUAUGUGUUGGGGAUUUUAAUAAUCUAUUGGCUGAUUCAGAGAAGAUUGGUAGAAAUCAAUAUCCUAGAUACUUGUUGAAUGGUUUUAAGGAGGCGGCAGUGGAGAGUGAUUUAUGUGAUAUUCCUGCUAAAGGCUAUAAAUUUACUUGGUUCUUAAAAAGAUUUGGCUGAAUUAUCACCCAUGAGAAACUUGACCGUGCUAUGGCUAAUAAUUGCUGGUCCUGUUUAUUCCAGGAAGCUUCUACAACUACGUUGGUUUCACCAACAUCGGACCAUGACCCAUUGUUAGU